AGCACCGGCCAGGAAACGGCAGUGGGGAAAGUUUAAAGUUUGCCGCCGCGUCUGUUGUCGCUGUGGUCCCUUUAUUACCGUAACUACCCAGAUAAUGUUUUAUGUUUUUUCACCCAUAAAACAAUGAGGCGAACAAGAAGUUCGAGAAAUGAAAGUCAGGGCGCGGCGGAAAGUGAAGACGUCCGGUCAAAAACAGUGUGGCAGUGGGAGGGAGAUCAAGGACAGUGGGAACCAUACUCGGCUUCAGUCUGCACUUUGUUGGACUCUGCCGUCUCUUCAGGAAAAUCCUCCAUCACUCUGACUCUGGCCUCUGGGGCAGCCUACAAAAUCGACCUGAAGAAGAUGGUCCAGAUUAAUCCUGUCACGAAAUAUAGAAGGAAGAUUCGUGUUCAGACGGUAAAACCAGAAUGUUUGAAUGAAGCCGGAGACUCGACCGCUCACGGUGUGAAGCCAGUUGAAGUUAAAGAGGAAGAGGAGGAGACAUCGGAGCAACCUGCAGUCAAGAGGAGAAGAGGGCAAAGCAGGAGUCAGACAAAAACUGAAGAAAUGCCCAAAGAAGAAAUAAAAAGUGAAGAAGUUGUGAGGACGGUGGUCAUGAAGGGCAAAGCCCCAGUGGACUCUGAAUGCAAAACCAAACUCGGAAAGGCUCAUGUUUACAGUGAAGGAAACGAUGUUUACGACGUGAUGUUAAACCAGACAAAUCUGCAGUUUAACAACAACAAAUAUUACUUGAUCCAGCUGCUGGAAGACGACAGCUCCAGGGUUUACAGUGUGUGGAUGAGAUGGGGCAGAGUGGGCAAAGUGGGUCAAAACAGCCUGACACCCUGUGGUGGAGAUCUGCUGAAAGCCAAAAAUAUCUUCAAGAAAAAGUUCUUGGACAAGACCAAGAACGAGUGGGAACAGCGGGCACAUUUUGAGAAAGUGGCUGGAAAAUAUGACAUGGUGUUCAUGGACUACAGCACAAGUGAAAAGGAGGAGAACACAACCACAGUGGACUCUGUACCCAAAGAGAGGACCUCCAAGCUGGAUGUGAAGAUCAAGUCUCUCCUAGAGCUCAUCUGUGACCUUAAAGCCAUGGAGGAGUGUGUGCUGGAGAUGAAGUUUGACACCCGGAAAGCUCCUCUCGGCAAACUGACCUCAGAGCAGAUCCGUGCAGGCUACACUGCACUGAAGAGAAUCGAGGCGUGUUUGAAGCGUAAGGGCAGCAAUCGUGAGCUGCUGGAGGCAUGUAACCAGUUCUACACCCGCAUCCCUCAUGACUUUGGGUUGAAAACUCCCCCAAUCAUUCGCACAGAGGAUGAACUGAAGGAAAAAAUUGCACUGUUGGAGGCACUGAGUGACAUCCAGAUAGCAGUGAAAAUGGUCCAGUCCAGUGAAGACAGUGAUGAACAUCCUGUGGACAGACAGUACCACUCCCUCCAAUGCAAACUGCAGCCUUUGGACUCCAGCAGUGACGAGUACAAAGUGAUAGAAAAGUAUCUGCAGUCCACUCAUGCCCCCACCCAUCAGGACUACACCAUGACUAUCCUUGACAUCUUCUCAGUGGACAGAGACGGGGAGGGAAACAACUUCUGUUCACAGUUGCACAACAGGACUCUGCUGUGGCACGGGUCCCGCCUGUCCAACUGGGUUGGCAUCCUCAGUCAAGGGCUCAGGGUGGCCCCACCUGAAGCGCCCGUCACUGGCUACAUGUUUGGUAAAGGCAUCUACUUUGCUGACAUGUCUUCAAAGAGCGCUAACUACUGCUUUGCCAAUCAGCAGAAUAAGGUCGGACUGUUGCUACUGUGUGAGGUCGCUCUGGGUGACUCUAACGAGCUGCUAGAUGCUGACUACAAGGCCAGCGAUCUGCCUGCAGGGAAACACAGCACCAAGGGCCUGGGACAGACGGGACCUGACCCCAGAAACUCUGUCACACUGGAUGGUGUCACAGUACCAUUGGGGCCUGGGGUGAAGACAGGCCUGGACAAAAACAGCGGUUACUCCCUUCUCUACAACGAGUAUAUUGUUUACAACCCUGCUCAGACUCGUAUGAGGUACCUGCUGCGGAUCCGAUUCAACUACUCUUCACUGUGGUGAAGUUUAUCCUCCCCACAAAACUGGGAUGGUAUAUCACUGAGGCAUUCUUCAUGUGCAGUUGGAUGCUGCAUAGCUCUUGUUUUUAGGGGAUUGGAUGUUAAACCUAAACACACUCUUGGUACUGAAUGGGAAACAGAUCUUUUCUUUCUUAGUUGGUCGACAAAACAGUAAUAACUAUUUUGAUAAUGGGUUAGUCAUUUGAGUCAUUUUUCAACUAAAAACGACAAAAAUUAUUUGGUUGAAGCUUCUCAUGUGUAUUUGCCAGUUUCCCUUUUUACAUCUGAUAUUAAAUAUCUUUGGGUUUUGAACUGUCGGUUACAUAAAACAAGUAUUUUUAAUCAUGGGAAUUCAUAGCUGAUGUCUUUCACAAAAUUCUAACAUGGUAUAGACAAAAUUAUAAUAAUUGACUGAUUAAUCUAUAAUGAAAGUUAUCAUUAGUUGCAGCCCUACAGGUGUGUUCGCAGUUGGAAUUUGACAGAUCCAAAGUAUAACUCCAUUAUACAGAUCCAGAUCCAUUACACAACUCUCUCAAAAUUUAAAUGGUCAUGUGGGCAAAUAAUUCAAGAAAUAAAAACACUAACACAAUUGCUUCUGCUUUAUCUUAGAGGUGAGGAGGGAUCUGCAUGAUAUCACGAAUAUGCAUAACAUUUUUUCUCUGUCUCUUCAUACCGCGAAUGUCCUCAAUAUUUGUGUGCUGCACAUGACAUUUAUUGCAUUUUGUAUGCAACACAAAGAUAAUGAGUUGGAAUUCCUUUAGGCAGGUUUGACACAGGGAUAUUGAAUAAUUGCCACAGUUUUUAUGAAUGUGUCAUAUUAAUGUCAAAAAAGCUGAGUGUUUUUGUUUGCUUUAGUAAUUGCUGGGUCAAACAGGUCAACAUGUAAUCCAAAACAACAAAUUCUGAACAAAAAUGUCUUAUAUUCUUUUUUUUUUAUUAUUAUUUGUGUAAAACUGAGACAAAGAAGAAAAGAGUC